ACUUUGAGCGCUUACGCAGCCCCGGAGCGCUCACACCGAGCGCGGAGUUGCAGCUCGUGAGCAGGCGUCCGUAGCCGAGUUUCACCGAGCCCAGCGCGCAAAUCCAAAGGGACACUCGCUCAGCCAGCCUGCUCCAAUUCUUAAUGAACCCAUAACAUUUUUUUGUUUUAUUAUUGUUAACGUUUACAUCGGUAAAGCUGUCAUACAAUUUGAUCAGACCGUUGAUUUUAGUCAUCGCUUUUAUUACGAAUUCAUCUGAACUCGUCACUUAUUUUCAUCUCUCUCUCUCUCACUCUCUAUAGAGUCGCAUUGCUAAACUCUAACAUUCCAGCAUUUACGCGCGGCUUCGAUUUUAGCAGUUCCUCUCUCCGUCGAGUUUACAUCGAUAAGGGUUAAUCUCUCGCACCCGAAACGCGCAACACAGCACAGACAUGCUGCGCUACGUGGAGCUCGCCUUUGUGGCGCUGGCCGCGGGCAUGCUGAGCGCCGCCGGUGCCAUGUACCCCUACGCGCAGCACAUGUCCUACCAGUCCGACCUCAGCUACCGUCGCCCCAACUGCAAGGCCAUCCCGCCGGCGAUGGCUCUCUGCCACGAUGUGGGCUACCCGGAGAUGAGGCUGCCCAACCUUCUCGGCCACGAGUCCAUGCGCGAGGCCCUCCAGCAGGCGAGCUCCUGGGUUCCGCUCCUGGCCAAGCGCUGCCACCCGGACACCAAGAAGUUCCUGUGCUCCGUGUUCGCGCCCGUGUGCAUCGACGAGCUCGAAGAUCCCAUCUGGCCGUGCCGCUCGCUCUGCGAGGCCGUCCGCGACUCGUGCGCGCCCGUCAUGGCUGCGUUCGGCUUCCCGUGGCCAGACAUGCUGGACUGCGAGAGAUUCCCCGUGGACAAUGACCUCUGCAUCCCCGCGGCCACUGGCGACGAGAUGGUGCAGGUGAUCAAGGAAGAACCCAAAGUGUGCGAACCCUGUCUGUUCAAGGACGAAGACGACAACGAAAUCGUGGAGAAUUUCUGCAAAAACGACUUUGCGCUGAAGAUGAAGGUGAAAGAGAUCUCCUACAUGAACGGCGACACCAAGAUCGUGCCCGAGGUGAAGAGCAAGACCGUGUACAAGUUCAACGGCAUCUCGGACCGCGAGCUCAAGAGGACUGUGUUGUGGCUCAAGGACGGCCUGCAGUGCACCUGCGACGAGAUGAACGACAUCAACGCCCCCUACCUGGUGAUGGGGCGCCGCCAGGCGGGCAAACUGGUCAUCACCUCGGUGAAGCGCUGGCAGAAGGGAGAGCGGGAGUUCCGACGAAUCGCGCGCAGCAUCCGCAAACUGCAGUGCUGAGCGCGCUCCACGCGUUUUUGAUCGGCCGUGGUGGUUCGGGUGGUGGGUGGGUGGUUGCAGAGCCGGAUUAAGAUUUUGUAGGCACCCUGGGCUACAGGUACUGUAAGCCCCCCCCCCCCCCUCUCUCCCCCAGUAAUAUUUUCAAAAGGAAAACAAAGUUAAAGAAAAAAUAUAACGUAUUUUUUUUUUUACAAUGCUAACAACAAAUUAAAUUCAGCAUUGACAACUGAAAUAACUUUGGUUCUUUCGGCAACGUCACGGAAAAAUAAGUAGUAAUUAGUCAUUGCUGCAGUCACGAAAGCUUCAAAUCAAGUUUGAACUGAAAUAACUUUUAAUUUAACCCGAAAAUCGAAAGGGCAGGGAGAGUGACUGGCCUUACACAUGGAGGUCGCGAUUUGGCAGAGGCCGCUGGGCUGCAGUCCCUAAAGCCCCCACGCCUUAAUCCGGCCCUGUGUGGGGUGGGUGAUGCCUUCGUAGUGAUUCUGCUUUUAAUAGUCGGCAAGCAUGGGGCGUCCCCCCCUCCACACCCCACACACUUUCGCCACGAGAGUGACGCGUUUGGUUACGGGGUGCACGUGCGCCAACCCUAAACCUAACGCACCCCCCCCCACCCACCCAUCCACCUCUGUUUCCUACAUCAUCCUCAUUACACUUCCUAUCACCAACCAAAAUAUCUCCCGCAUCCAUCAUUAGCACUGCCCUGUAAUGGAACAGUAAAGUAGGUUGACGUUUCGGGUAAUGACCCUUCUUCAGAAUUGAAAAUAGAAAGGGCAGGGAGAGUGGCUGGCCUUACACUUCUGUGGGACCAUGAGAAUACCGUUCGCAAGGGCUAUCACCCGAAACGUCGAGUUACGAUUGCUCUUUCUGUUGUACGGCAGUGUAAACGAUGAAUGUGAUGAGUUUGUUGUUGUCAUUGUUUGUGCAUCACUGCCAACGCAGUACCUUAAUAUUUGUUAUUGUUGUUUCACAUUGGCUCGAGCAUUGAGAGAGACCAGGCAGUUACACAAUUGGCUCCAAGUGUCUCCUUGGUCUCAUGUUUAACCCUGUACAUACAUUAAACCUAUACUGGCCUGUGGCAUGCAGCGCGAUCCAUUCGUAGAUACCCCACUAAAAAAAAAACCCAACAUCGAAAUUCAAAGCCACU